AUGCCUGAAUUCAGGGUUAUGAGGCCAAGCUUGCCAUCCACAUCCCGUAGCAGCAUUGCUGGAAAGACGGGCGGCGUCAUGGCAGAGCGAUGCUUCGCAAAGAGCACUGGAGUGGGUGUCCUCAGAUUCUGGAGGGAGACGAGCUACGAGCACCCAAUAUCGGCUGUACGAGAAGAGCGUCUUCCUACACCCCCUGCUUCUGUCCCCAAGCCUCAAAAGUCAGAUCCCUUUCCGGAGAGAUUCUGUGACGAUUUCUCCGAAUCAGAAUUAAAGCCCCUGGGUCCGGCACCCAAGUUCUCGCCGGCCCGCUUCGAGGCAAUCUUCUCGACAUUCGUUUGUUCCGACGAUGACAGCGACGUCGAAGUUCCCGAGGAAUACGAGCUCCAAGCUCCAAACAUCGACGCGACCAAGCCCUGCCCUUCUCCCCGAAAGAAAGCUCUCCGCGACACAGACAUCAUCGAGUCCCACAAAGCCGCCUGCAAGAGCGCCGAGAUCAAAAAUCUCAGAGAGGAAGAAGCAAAAUGCCGUGCCAACAAGAAGCAAGCUUGCCGUGGAUUCCCAAAGCCCCUUCCAGAGAGCAAAUCCAUAGCCCCUCUUCCGAAGAAUCCGACCACGGAAGAUAUCGAAAAGUUCCUUGAGCUCCCCAAAGGAGACCAUCUCUCCAAAGGUCCACCCAAAACCAAGGAAGGCAUGAAGAAGUACAUGGCAUCCGAUCCUUGGCCUGGCCAAAAACUCGUCUAUCGAUCGGAGUGGCGAGAGGAAGUCAUGAUGGAUAGGGAUGAAUUCUCCCGAAAGAAGAGACGACGAGAAGAAGAGGAAAUUGAGAGGGAAGAGGCAAGACUGUUGGGGUCUCCGCCAAAGAGGAGAGAUUCGAUUUGGAGUGCGCAAGCAAUCCCAAAGGCGGAUUUGUUCGAUGCGUAUGGGCAGCCGAAGACGGGAGAUAUGGCUGCCCCGGCACAUAGCACGAGGAGAGCUAAUAAGCGGCAACGAAUAGCUUGA